CUGGGGUGUUCAUACAGAAGUGUAAUGUGACAGUUAUCACUGACUAUGGUUAGGAAAUUAACGCUUGACUACUUCUGUAAUUCUCUCUUUGCAGUGAUAGGUUAUGGGCAGAUUGUUGUCCUAUUUCUACAAUUGAAAUAACGAAUUGCUAUUGAAUGGAUUAAGCGCACACUUAAAAUAAUUUGAGCAAACACAUUCUUAACAUAAUCAAUUCUCACAAAUCUCCAAGAAUUCUUGAUCUCUCUCAAUAUCUCUCUCAAUUCGAAAAUUCAGGAUUUGAAUUGAUGUCUUUUUAUUGAUUCCAGUUACUGAGCUACGACCCGACUAUUCCUGAAUCCUACAAGGGAAUAGAGUAAGGAUCUACCGGAAGCAUAUACUCACUUCGAGUACGAGCCUUGAUCUGUCCAUUUCCAUCUUACAUAAAACUGUCUCUCUCCCGUUUCGAAUUUCCAGAGUUCCCUAGAAUUUUCAUCAAUUUCAAUCUUAUAUCUUCUCUGAAUCGAAAUUAUUUUUCUUUAUCGCUCUUCGAAAUUUAGGGUUUCGACUUGAAUUGGAAUGAGAUGAUAUCCAUGAUAAGCAGUAGCAAAAAAGGUUCGUCGGACGGAAAAAACGAAGACGCUAUUAAAGAUGAACCCAACGUCCGUUUCACCAGUGGUAGCAGUGUCUCUUUAGGCGGAGGAGAUUUGGGCUUGAAUCAAGAGGGCCCUUCGGAAGAAGCUAGGGUUUCUGGUGAAAGUGCGGUUAAAUCAGAGCAAGCUAUGUUUUCUGAGGCGAGUGAGGAUGUUUUGAUUGAAUCUCGAGUUACCGAGGUGAAAAAUGAAGAAAAUAAAUCUGUUGAUUCGUAUGGAGUUUCGGAGAAUCAGGAUAGUUUUUCUAUUCCGACUGAUUCUUGGGACGAUAAGAAUAAGAUACAUACUGGUACGGCAGGAGAUCAUGAUUCGUCGCUCUUGGGACUUGACGAGUUUGUCACGAAGGGAAAAGGUGAAGAAGUCGGCAAUGGCUACCAAGUUGGUGACAUGGUGUGGGGCAAAGUAAAAUCACACCCGUGGUGGCCUGGAUUUAUAUACAAUGAAGCCUUUGCUACGCCUUCUGUUAGGAGAACCAAACAUGAGGGCCAUGUGUUGGUGGCAUUUUUCGGGGAUGGCAGCUAUGGGUGGUUUGAACCAGCUGAACUAAUACCAUUUGAGAAGAAUUUUGCGGAAAAAUCUCGGCAAACACUUUCACGGUCAUUUUCAAAGGCAGUGGAUGAAGCUGUGGAUGAGGUAUCUCGAAGAAGGGGUUUGGGUCUGGCCUGCAGAUGUCGAAACAAGUUUAAUCUUUGGCCCACUGGUGUUGAGGGAUACUUUAUUGCAGAUGUAGCUGGUUAUGAACCGGGCGCAGUUUAUCCUACGAGUCAGAUUGAAAAAGCACGAGAGCGUUUUCUUCCCCGGGAGAUGCUCACUUUCGUUCAGCAGCUAGCCUUGAAACCCUUGUCAGAUAAAUACUGGAUGCUAGAUUUUAUCAAGAACAAGGCCACGGUUUUAGGGUUCAGGAAGGCCCUGUUUGAGGAGUAUGAUGAGACGUAUGCACAAGCCUUUGGUACUGAGUUUGUGCGCCCUGCUCGGCCCACAAAGCCACCUGUUAUGGAUUCAUCUAAAGAUCCUUUGAGUGGCCGACUUGUCAUUGCAGAAGCUCUUGGUAAGGAGAAAAGCUCUGCAAAACCUGUUAGAAUAAAGGACCAAAUUGAGAAAGAAAAGUAUUUAUUUAAACGCCGAGACACACCAAAUGAGUUUAAGGCUAAAAAAGCAAGCUUGACGCAAGUAGGCUCCUCUAGUCAGCCUCUUUCGGAAGAUGGGUUGCAUGUUUCUGGGAAAGUUCAUUCUGGCAUAUCUGAGCAUGUUCAUCAGACUCCCGAGCCCGGAGUUUCUGAAGGCCUUGACCGACCUAUCAGUCAUCAGUUUUCUGCUGAAGAUUUACAAGAAAAGAAACUUCAGGACGUUUGCAGUGGUCCCAAGAAGCUUUUUGACAAUGGAGCUAAGAAAGCAAAGGUUCACAAGCGUCCUGCUGGGGAAAUAAGCACCGAGAAUACAGUUCUGACAGAGAAGAAGAAGAACAACAAGAAGAAAAAGAAUGAAAUGGGCAUUAGGGUUAACCAUGUGCAGAUAACUGGAGUUGUCGAUAACAGCGGAGAAGCACUCAUGAGAGCUUCUGGAACAUCUUCUCAAGAUUCUCUGGGUGAAAAGUCUCAGCUUCCUUCGAUGGAAACAUGGCAGGCUGUUGGGAUUGGGGAUGCAGAGUUUGAACUUGCAGUUCUACUGAAAGAUUUGCAAGCUCUUGCUCUCAACCCCUUCCAUGGCAUAGAAAGGAGGAGUCCAGCUAUUAUAAAGCAGGUUUUAUCAAAAUUCCGAUAUCUCGUCUACCAGAAGAGCUUGGUCUUGUCAGCUCCAGCAGAGAACGAUUUAAAUGAAGCUCGUACAAGUAAAUUACCUGCUACAGGGAAUAUCAAAGAGAUUUCAACUGUGAAGCCUGUUAAACCUCUGGUCAGGCAUGAUGAUCCGGGCAAAGUUGGGAAGAAACGUGAUCCAUCUGAUCGUCUUGAAGAAAUUGCUUCAAAGAAAAACAAGAGAUUUGAUGAUGUGAAAUCAUUGGCAGCGGAGAAGAAGGCUGCCCGAAAGGCUAUAGACAUCCAACGGGGGGAUGUAAAAGAAACGGGUGUGAAAAUUGUAUCACUAACAUCCAAAAAAGCAAUUAAAUUGGAAUCUAGCAAGAGGAUAGAGCAGCAGCCAACGAGAGCUGCGAGUCGUACAAUGCUUGUUAUGAAGUUUCCACAAGGAGGAGCACUUCCUUCAAUUGCAGAACUGAAAGCAAAGUUUGCUCGUUUUGGUCCAUUGGAUCACUCUGGUACUCGAGUUUUCUGGAAGACAUAUACGUGCCGUCUUGUCUACCAGUCCAAGGUUCAUGCUCAAGCUGCCUUGAAGUUUGCUUCAGGAAGUAACAAUUUAUUUGGGAAUACAAACGUGAGAUGCUAUAUCCGGGAAAUGGAAGUCGAGGGUCAAGAAUCGGAACAGGCCAAGGUUCAGAAGGACGACUUAUUAACUGGGGCCUCCCAACAACCUAAAGAUUAUGUAGCUGAGCAGAGGGUGGCCGCUAAACUUUCUUUGCCGCUGAAUCAGCGACCGCCUGCCCAGCUCAAGUCUUGUCUGAAGAAGUCCUCAGGCGAUGAAGGGGGCAAUGGUAGAAGCACGCGCGUCAAGUUCGUAUUAGGCGGGGAUGAGACGCAGUUGAGCGUGAAUGAGAACACCAAUGUCAUUCCUACUUUUCCCGAGGUUGCUGCUUCUACACAUUCAGUCGAUCUUAGUAGUAAGAAUUUUGCGAAGGUUGUUUCUCAUUCUGCCAAUGCCAAUCCUUUGACUUCUAAUCAGUUUCAAAAUUUGUGGAGUAAUAUGCCAUUUUCUGAGCAAGUAUCUGCAUCGUUUAAUGCUCCACGUAUACCCAUCAUCCCAACAACAAAUAAUGAUAUUGCACAACAGAUGCUUAAUCUUCUAAUCAAGUGCAAUGAUGUGGUUUCCAACUUGAGGGAAACGCUCGGCUAUGUGCCUUACCAUCCUCUAUAAACCGGAACACGAAGAAAAAAUUGAAUCUUAAGAAGUGAAAUAAGAUCCCAGUUGGUAAACCAAUGAAAGAAAAAAAAGUUGUGGGAAUGGAGAUGUGCGGUGAAAACAGGGGAAGCCGAAGCACAAGAUGAUAUGGACCGGUCGAGCCUUCGUUGUUGCGAAUUCUGUGGUUUAAUUUGUUUGGUAUCGUAUUGUUAGUAAGUGAUGAAAUUAUUAUUGUUAAGACUUGUUAUUUUUUCCGAUAUGAUCUAGACUUCGUGACUACGCACGCCCUCUCUCGACCAGUUGGCCGAGCUGUCAAUGGAAUAUUGUAAAUAAAUUAGGAUGUGAUGCUUCAGACUCA